AUGUCCGUUGUUAUUCACUCUUGCUCACGCUACGUCAGUCAUGGGUCCCUUUGCGGCUCUUCCGGUUUGGCAGGAGAACGUUCCACUCACCCAGCUUCGACUGCAGGUAUAAAAAGUACCGUCACAGAGGCUGCUUUACCAUAUGCUUUGAAUUCUCAAGAUGUUCGCAAAGGUGAGUUGCUGAGAACUUUUUACUGGAAGAUGAACGAAAUCCUAUUUGAUAUCGUCAUCGUGUUCCUUCUCGUGGCUCUCGCUGCAGCUUCUCCGUCUGAACCUGUUUACGGUUAUACCCACGAGCUCACAUACGAGGAACCUGCCAGAUACGACUUCAACUAUGCAGUAAAAGACGACUACUCCGGCAACGAUUUCGGCCACCAGGAAGCUCGCGACGACUACAUCACCCAGGGUUCCUAUUUCGUCCUGCUUCCCGACGGUCGUCUGCAGAGGGUCACCUACACUGUCAACGGCGACUCUGGCUACGUAGUUGAGGUCAGCUAUGAGGGUGAGGCCCAGUAUCCUGAGUACAAGCCUAGCCCUGUCUACGAACCUGCUCUUGCCUACAAGCCUUCUCCUCUCUACAAACCUGCCCCUGCCUACAAGCCUGAACCUGUCUACGAACCUGCACCUGCUUACAAACCUGCUUCUGUCUACGAACCGGCAUCUGCCUUUAAGCCUGCACCUGUCUACACGCCUUCUCCUGACUACGUACCUGUUCCUUCCUACAAGUCAAACCCGGUCUACGUUUAA